GUGCAUGUUGGAUUGAAAGUAAGCAAGUACUGUAAUCGGUAUUUUUGUUUGUAAAAAAAGAAAUGCAAAAGGAACAAAAAAAAAUAGUUUCUAGUUAAUUGAUUAUCUAUUACUCAGCAUGCUUACUGAUUAACUGCAGACUGCUCCCUAGUACAGACACUUAUAAGAUUGGAAUACAGGAGGUGCUGGGAGGAACCUAUUGUCUUCUGAAAACAGAAGGUUAAAAGGAAACAGCAGGCUGGCAGUAUGAUUGCAGGAUACAGUCCAGUGGUCCAGGCACUCUUAGGUACCCUCUUCACUUGGGCACUUACAGCUGCUGGAGCCGCACUUGUUUUUAUAUUCUCCAGUGGACAGAAACGAAUCCUGGAUGGUAGCCUGGGGUUUGCAGCAGGGGUGAUGUUGGCGGCCUCCUAUUGGUCCCUCCUCGCCCCGGCGAUUGAAAUGGCAGAGGAGUCUGGGAAGUAUGGGGCUUUCGCGUUCCUUCCUGUUGCCGUGGGUUUCACUCUCGGCGCCGCCUUCGUCUAUGGCGCAGAUAUUCUGAUGCCAGCACUGGGUGCCGGCGAGGACCCCCAUUUAGCCUUCGCGUUCAGUCAGGACCACAAGCCAUCCAAGGAGAAGGAGGACCCAGCCUGCCUGCAGACUGACGACCAGGAACUAUCUAUCAGGAUAGGUAGAACCGGACUGCAUUCAGAUAAAGUAGAGAAUGGGGACGUGUACCAGAGAAGGAAAGGCCCUCUUACCAGCCCUGUGGAAGACCAGGGCCUAUCCCCCAAUUCCAGAGACCUGCCAGAGAGAGCAAGAAGCAGCUGGCAUCGCAUUGUGCUCCUGAUCCUCGCCAUCACGAUUCACAACAUCCCAGAGGGUCUGGCUGUUGGAGUUGGCUUUGGGGCUGCUGGAAAGACUCUGUCAGCCAGCUUUGAGAGUGCACGGAAUCUUGCCAUUGGAAUCGGGAUUCAGAACUUCCCAGAAGGCCUUGCUGUGAGUCUUCCACUUCGAGGUGCUGGAAUGUCAACAUGGAAGGCUUUCUGGUACGGGCAGCUGAGUGGGAUGGUGGAGCCCGUGGCGGGGGUGUUGGGUGCCUUUGCUGUGGUCGUGGCUGAGCCACUGCUCCCCUAUGCUCUAGCCUUUGCUGCCGGAGCCAUGGUGUAUGUGGUGGUGGACGACAUCAUUCCUGAGGCACAAGUCAGUGGAAAUGGAAAGCUGGCCUCCUGGACCUCCAUCCUGGGCUUCGUAGUGAUGAUGUCACUGGACGUCGGGCUUGGCUAAUUCAUAGUUAUCCUGCCAGUUCCCAAACCAGGAAAGCUUACCCAGCCUUCUUCAGUGAAAAAGACCAAUCUCUUAUUGUCUUUCCUUCAUGCAAUUUGUUUACUGGAAAAAAAAAAAUGCUUGUUAUUAUUUUAUUGUGGGCAAUAUGAUUAUUUUGAUUGUAUGUUAUCGUUUUAUUUGUAAGCCCAUUCCAUUUUACAGAUGACUUGAUGGGCAAGAUUGCUGUUAACUAUAAAUUACUUAAUCUACUGUACUGUGCAGUAAAGACUUCUGAUUGCUGUACAGUAGAGUCACGUCCAUAGGCAGGCCCCAUUCAUUUAUUCUGUCACAUGUCACUAUUACCAGAAUAGUUCAGGGCUCCAUUUGGCUGAUCAGAAAUCUGUCUUUAACACUCAUACCUGUUGACUGUUUUAUACUCAUUGUGUUUUUACAAUACCAUCUGGUCUAUGUUUACAUAAACUGUAAAAAAAAAAAAAAAGGUAUCUCAGCACCAUUAUGAGUGAUAAAGAAUAUGAAUAGAUCACAGUAUGAAUUUGCCUCUGCUUUUCAACUCAGAUACAUUCAGGUUGGGGGUGGGGGGAGGGAUAAGCCAAGGGAAUGAUUGUAUACAUUUAAAACAUGAAAGGAUUUAAAAGGGCUGUUGUAUUACUUUUUGCCCUGCAGGAUAAGCUUACUGUGAUUGAUGGAAUGGCAGGCUGCCAGCCCAUGUAGUUUCAGACCAAACAAAAGCUGUCACCAGUGAGGUGUGGCAUCUAGUAAAGAACAAUAUCAACAAUAUAAAUAUGCCUCACUGAGACAGACACACUAAGCGCCAGUGCAAAAAUUUAUAUCAUUUAUUGGAAAUUGUAGAUUGGCUGUAUGAAACGUCAAGUUAAUAUUUUAAGUUGUUUUCAUUUCUAAUUUUGCACUGGAGCUGGAGCUUAGUAAACUGGGACUGGAAAGAUUCCACAGGAAAGGUACAGCUAUUUGAAUUCAAUUCUAGAAGGGAUAGGCAAAAAAGGAAUGGUUUCGUUAAAAUGAUUACAUUAGUCAUAUUAAAAAAAAAAAAAAAAAAGGGAAUGCAAGGAAUUGCAUAUUGGAGGGGGUCUGUGCUUGGGCUCGGAUAGUGAGGUACUCCAGUCCAGCAAAGACUCCCAGCAUUUGUCUAAAUUAUUAAGGUGAGCAUACGAGAGCAACCAUGUUUCAUCAACUGUUAUUUCGGCAAUGGAGGGAAUAUUGCAUUAAGUGCUGCCACUAUCAUAAUAAGAUGUUUAGACUUAGUCCCUCUGACAACUACAUAUAAAUUAAACUGAUACAUUUUAACAGCUGUUCAAAGCUUCCAUAUUGAAAGGCCACAAUCUCAAAAGAGUCUCUUCUGAUUGACCAAAGGCAACAUAUUUAUCAAAGUAGGAGCCAAAUGAACUCCGGGAGACAUGCUUCCUUGUUUCCAGAAACACAGGAACAUUUCACAUUCAGAAUCAUGAUUCCUCAUCCAGUAUAUACUGGGCUUUAGACAGGAUGUGCUGUAGCCCUCGGAUUAAAAACACUGGGAUCUGGGGAUAGCUGAAGCCCCAGAUUGGUGUGGGACAGCCUUACAACAUAUCUGAUAGGCAGACUUGUAACUAGUUCUACUGGGGUACACCUGUCAUAUGUAUAGCUCAAAUUCUUCUUAAUGCUGCAUACUGUAUGUAGAGAAAAGACUGUUUUAUGGAUUCUAAAAUGAAAGAUAUGGCCAGCAUUCUUUAUUUGUGUUCUUUAUCUGAGCUUGGACAUUAUGAUGCUUAUGCUUGAUUUGUCUGUACCUUUUUAUGUUAAUAGUGACGUUAAUAGUUACUCUGUGGUUUUGUUUUUUUAGAUGAUCUUGGUGCGUUUUACCCUAAAAUCACACUAAUUUUUGUUCCAGUCUAAAGUUUACACCACUGUGACUGAUCUAUAAUAACAAUUGCUAAAGGGCUAAAACUUGCAUGCAUAUUGUUUCUUACUAGUCAUUCUGACCAGCACUACUGUACAAGCUUGUCAUCAAAGCAUGUCGAGGGUGCAGAAAGAUAGACAGCUUGUCACUGUGAAAGAGACAGUUACCUGUCAUUCCUCUGAUAGACUGCUAAUUAGGGAUGACACUCCCCCGAGAACAAUGAGGAAAUAAUCCACAAACAACGAGAAUGUCAGGGGUUUAAUGUGGCACACAACAGUGCUAAAAAUGUAAAGGCAUUAAAUUAGCUUAUUUUUUUAUUUGCUGCUUGUACACUUUGGGGAUUUCCUAAAUUAAACCUGCCAAGACAGGUCUGUUUUAAAUUGGAAAAUCUACAGAACAGAGGGAAAUGUUAAACUUAGUCAAUACUAGUUAAGCAUGACCAACAAUCAUCCAAAGAGUUGGUUGUUACAUAAUGCUGAAUCCAGCUGAUUCCAACACCUAGGAAGGGAGUUGUCACUGGUUUAUGAAUUGUACAAACACAACAAUUAUGUAUAAAAUGUAAACAAAAUAGCAGAGAGCACAUUUAGCGUUUCCAGUGUUUGAUUUAUUCUGUUUUGCUUUAUUUAAAUAAAGACCUUAGUUGACGCUC